GUGGGAGAUAGGGGGGCAGCGGACUUGGCGGAGCGGUUUGGGCUGAGUUUUGCUGGGGGGGGGGUGUGUCGGAGCGUGACGGCGGAGCUGCGGGGUCGGUUCCUAAAGGCCCGUGUGUGUGUGUCUGUGCUUGUGGGAGAACGAGACGGACAGAAGUCGUGGGACUACUCCCUUGGAGCUUCUGUGCCGAGAAUCCGAUGUUGGCCUCGGCUACCUGGCUGAAUACAGCAGAUCAGCCCAUGAAAACUUCUAUUCCUAGCCAAAGGAAGGAGUCCAGCAAAAGACAACACCUACUUUUUCAGGCUUGGAAGCAAGAAAGGGGGCAAGAGUUGGAGAGUGUGGAAUCUGAGAAGACAACAGAAAGGUGACGUUUAAGUUGAAGAUGGGUGGUGGAGAAAGAUUCAACAUUCCAGUUCCCCAGUCUAGAAAUACCACCAAGAACCAUCAACAACUUAAAAACAGGCAGAAGAAUAAAGACCAGACUUCGCAGAUGAAGACCUAUAUGAAGAAAGAAAGAGGACAUGGAUGCAACUCAUCAUCUGGUGCAUGGCAGGCCAUGCAAAAAGGGGGAAAGAACAAUGUUCAUUUUGCCAAUAAUCAAAAUUGGAGUCCUACUUUAUCGAAUCGCAGCUUGUUUUUCACACCUCAAACCAAUCAGAACUAUGCUGGAGCAAAAUUUAGUGAGCCACCCUCACCAAGUGUUCUUCCUAAGCCACCAAGCCACUGGGUACCUGUUUCUUUUAAACCUUCUGAUAGAGAAAUAAUGACAUUUCAGCUUAAAACAUUACUUAAAGUCCAGGGUUGAGAUGUAACUUUCCACAUUUUUAAAGUUAUUUAAAUUUACAGGGUUUCAAAUUUGAGAACUCAUUCCUAACUGCAUAUGCCCAGCUGUACCGAACUAAAUGUUCUUGCUGCACAUAGUCACUUGGUAGAGAAGGGCGUGGAAGUUUACAUUCCCCUACUGUUUUACCUCAAAAGUUGUGUGCUGGGUUCACUCCACUGUGAAUUAAGUAUUUUCCUCUAUAAUCGACCUAAUCAAAUGCUGAACAGUCUCCAUAUACUGUAUUUAUUUUAAGAGUAAAUGGGGCUGUCUCCUAAAAUUGAAAUUGUGACUACUUUUUGGAAUGGUGUUAGAAAGCCAGCUUUUACCUAACAAUGCGGCAUUAACUGGAAAAAACCACCGCACUGAAGGCUUUAGUCAGGUACAUUGCUGCUUUUCAAACUUGUGUAAAAUUUGCUAGUUAAAUAAAAAGCAGAGGAGACUUCCACCUUAGGCACUUAAGUUAAAACAUUAUUGUCUUAUUUAUACCUGUGAGCUUUAUUUGGCACUCCUGAAUUGGUGGAAAAGCCUGUGACCAAACCUGAGGUGUAGGAAGUAUGCUGGUGUGUGUUCUUCAAAGGAUGAAGAACAUGUCAGGCAAAUUGUAACGACCUCUAGCAAGUCAGACUGUGCCAACUAAUGACAGUGCAUUGCCAGGUGACUGCCAAAAAACUUAAUUCCGAUUGCACUGAUGAGUUCUAAAAUGCAUUUUUUUAUAUAUAUAUAUAUAUAUAUAUUUUAAAUUGUGAAAAAGGUGGAGUAGUUAGUAACUUAGACUGGUCUUAAAUUGGUUACCCUGUAAUAAUUAUUUGAAGUUAUGGUAGCUUGUGGCAGGUAUUAAAAUGUUCUCAUAGGGAAGACAGAGCCAUGUAUAUAAAUGUAAAACUUUGUAGCAUAUGUAAAUUUAUGCUGGGCUUUCCUGCACAGAAAUAUUUUUAGUAUGAAACUGCUGAAUGUAAGAUGACCAUGUUGAAUACAUGGCCAGAUUAAAAAAUAUUUUGUUAAAAAAAAA